GGGUCUAUUACAUAAUAGCACUUCAACUACUUAUACAUGUGGUUCAUGCACACAGCCAUCGAUGCGCAUGUGGACGAUUGCCCCAUUGUCAUUAGAUCUGUUGCCAACUCCUGCCAUAUCAGUGUGCCUACAACAAGUGCAUGUGUACGUGUCCUACUAUAUGAACAACAAUGAGAUGGCUAUGCUCGGAGUAGGCCUCCCUUCUUGUUUUUGGCUUGUAGGAUUGCUUCAGGGCUCAACUUACUACGUGCUUGUCAUUCCGGUAUUGGCCAAGUCUUUGACUUGCAAAAUGACUCUGCGAUCCUCUUAUCUUCUCCGCCACGGCCACGCCACCGCGCUGAACGGCUAUCCACUGCGAACAAUCAAAUGCAAGCGUCACCUCUCGACGAUCGUCAGUUUACACAUCGCCCGCCUGGAGAGUUGCAACGUCUAGGACCGACUUCAUCACGACAUAUUGCACUUCGGACGAUAGUUAGUGACGGAACUAGGGCAAAGUCUUUGAAUUAGCGGACUCGCUGAGGUAAAACUGUGUACGAGGAAAAAUUUCAAGUCCGA